AUGACGACUUCACGACUUGACCGACUGGUCACACUGCUCGAGACUGGCAGCACUCAGCUCAUCCGUAAUACUGCUGCGCAGCAGCUCGCAGACGUUCAGAAGAACCAUCCAGACGAACUCUUUAAUCUACUAACACGAGUUGUCCCUUAUCUACGAUCACCGUCAUGGGACACAAGGACCGCUGCUGCCAAAGCUAUUGGCGGUAUCGUGGACCACGCAGAAAAGUACGACCCUAAUGCCACCUUGGACGAUGUGAAACCGGACCUUGAAGCGAACAGCAACGCCGUCAAGACAGAGAAUGGCUCUGCGGAGGCUUCUCCGGAGCAGUUGCAGCUUGCAACCCUGGACGUCGAGGCAAUCCUGACCAACGGCAAAGAGUUGCUUGGCAGUGCUGGAAAGCGAUAUGACUUCAAGCUUGCCGGCCUCACUCCCGCAGAGCGUCUGGCGCAUCAGAAGAAGACGCUCACUGCCCGUCUUGGCUUGGGCGGGGAGUACACCGAAGACGACCUGGUCGACGAGAAAGACAUUGCCAUCCGACCCUCUUCAUUCACCACACCUGCUCUUCCGAGACUCGAUACUGACGCAAAUCAGCAGAGUCUCGACGAUGCUACAAUGAAGUCUCCCGAAGACAUGCCUCCUCAGACGCCAGCAGGAGGCGAAAUGAGUAAGCGCCAGCUCAACAUGCUCAAGCGGCGGCGCAAAGAGGAGCUCAAGCGUGACAACAAGAAGUUCAAGUACGAUCUAGGUCCGCAACGUGGGUCGACGAGUGUGGCAAAUACUCCCAUCGACGACGUCAAACAAGAAGUCAAGCAGGAGAAUCAGGAGAACGGCAACGCUGACUACUUUUCGCUUGAGCGUAAAGGUGGUGACGAUGACAGCAAAGUUGUGUCAGAGUUCAAAGGCGCCCCUAUCCCGGAAAAGUCCACUCUCAUAGCCGACGCUGAAGAGGACGGAAACGAAUGGCCCUUCGAACGGCUGUGCGAGUUUCUGACUGUCGACCUGUUCGAUCCACAAUGGGAGAUACGACACGGUGCUGCCAUGGGUCUUCGCGAGAUCGUACGUGUACACGGCGCAGGCGCUGGACGCCUCGCUAGCAAAACCCAGGACGAGAAUGAUGCACUCAAUCGAGCUUGGCUAGACGACAUGGCCUGCCGGAUAUGUUGUGUCUUCAUGCUUGAUCGUUUCGCAGACUACGUCUCGGACAAUGCCGUUGCGCCGAUCCGAGAGACUGCUGGUCAGGUUCUCGGUGCAGUGCUGCAGUACCUACCAGCAUCGUCAGUGCACGAGGUCAAUCGUAUACUGCAUCGACUCGUCAUGCAGAAAGAUCUGAAGGUUACGCGACGCAUCUGGCAUGCUUGUCACGGCGGUAUGAUUGGCAUGCGCUACAUGGUUGCGGUUCGCACGGAUCUGCUGUUCCAGGAUCGCUCUCUGAUGGACGGAGUACUCGAAUGUGUCAUCAAAGGCCUUGGCGAUCAAGACGAUGAUGUACGCUCUGUCAGUGCUGCAACUCUGAUCCCAGUGGCGAAAGAGUUCAUCAACGUCCGAUUAGAUGAGCUUAGCCACUUGAUCAGUGUGGUGUGGGAGUGUCUUUCAAGCCUCUCGGAUGACCUCAGUGCCAGCACUGGCGCAGUCAUGGAUCUCCUUGCGAAGCUUUGCAGUUUCCCAGAAGUACUCGCUGCCAUGAAGCAGAACGCUGCCACGGAUCCUGAGCAAUCUUUCGACGAGCUCGUACCACGACUCUACCCGUUUCUGCGACAUACAAUCACGAGUGUUCGCUCUGCCGUACUUCGAGCCUUGCUGACUUUCAUCAACAUCGAGGGUACUGAUACCAAAGGCUGGAUCAACGGCAAAGCGCUUCGCUUGGUGUAUCAAAACCUUCUGGUGGAACGCAACGAUGGAGUGCUGAAGUUGUCACUCGACGUCUGGAACGCGCUGUCCGAUGCACUUGCCGUACGAGGGCCGAAUGCCUUCAAAGAAGAGUUCGAGCCACAUGCUCUACCACUUGCGGCGCUCACGGUUCACCCUAUUGGUAUCAGCCGACAUCCGAUUCCCAUGGACGCGACCCUGUUCAUCAAGCCAUCUGGCCAGACCUACGCACCACUGGCCAGCGCUCAUCGUCAGUCACCAGUCAACGGAUCUGAGCCAGCUAAAAAGCGCCGGAAAUCCGACAAGAAAGAAAGCUCUGCACCUCCGCCAGCGCCCACCACUGCCCACAACAUCGAUGCGGCAAUCAUGCAGGGUGACGUGGACUUGGUCGGAACUGAUGUUAUGAUGAGAACCCGAAUCUUUGCGACUCGUGCUUUUGGUAAAGCAUUAUCUUUAUACCCUGAAACGGAUCGUGAACCUCUAUUUGGGCUCAAGUUACUACCCAACCUGAAGUCGAUCUACGGCACUACCCAGCUGUUCACUGCAAUGGUUAUGGAGUACUACGCUUUGAACGCGAAGGAGAAAGGUCCAAUGUUUGACGUAGCUUCUGCCGAGCUCCGGGUACUGGUGGAAGAGGAUCGACCAGGCUGGUACAGCGAUCUGUCGAGCUACUUGCGCAUUGCUCGAGCACAGUGUCAGCAACUGUUGAACACCUUCCAAGAAGCUGGCACAGCUGGUAGCAAGCUCCCCAUCGUCGCAGUGGUCUGUCAAGGCGAGCCGGAGGCAGGAAAGAAUGCAUUUUCCAUUGCAGAUGCAGAGAAGAUCGUGACCCAAGAUUUCGAGAAGCUGAAGAAAGGGUUAUCAACAGUGCAGAGAAUGUCAGCUGCGGACAACCUGCACGGGGCAAAAAGGGAUGCUGAGCAUGCAAUCAAAGAAGUGCAGAGCGCAAAAGCACAAGCCGAUUUGCGCAUUCGCUCGUCAGCAGCAGCGGCUCUGGUUGCAUUCCAAAAUAUACCCAAGAAGCCUCAGUUCACGAUCAAGGCGUUGAUGGACAGCGUCAAAGAAGAGGAAAACACGGAUCUCCAACAUCGUUCGGCGACAGCGAUAUCCGGCCUCAUCACGCAGCUCGUUGCAAACGAACGUCAUAAGGUGGUGGAGAAGGUCGUUGGCAAUCUCGUGAAGUUCUGCUGCAUGGAGACUGGCGAGACUCCCGAGUUCCAUCCCAAUGCGGAUAAAGAAGCUGGGAUAUUGUCCCUUCAGAAGGACGAAGACAUCCAGGACCGCCCCGAUGCCGCGCAGCACGAGCGUGAGGUCAGAGCUGCGAGGAUUACUCGUCGCGGAGCAAAGGAUGCCCUGGAGCAAUUAUGCCACACUUUUGGUCCCGACGUCUUCGUGCGGGUGCCAAAACUUCAAGCCAUCAUCGCGGAGCCCAUCCGACAAUGCUUCACCGCGGAUCUCCCCCAAGACAUCAGCGAUCCCGAUAUGACACUCGGUCAGGAAGCUGUAGAUGCAUUGUCGACUUUAAGAGCGCUCAUAGCCACGCUUGAUCCCUCGCUGCAUGGCUGGGUGCUGGAGUUGCUGCCCUAUGUGGGCAGGGCUCUACAAUGCAAACUCGCCGUUCUACGCUACAUCGCCGCGAAGUGCUUUGCGAGCGUGUGCAGUGUCAUUACUGUACAAGGUUUCACAAUGCUCGUGGAACAGGUGAUACCUACGAUCAGCAACGCCCACGAAGUCGUCUAUCGGCAAGGCGCCAUCGAGUGCAUCUACCACCUGAUACAGGUCAUGGGAGAUGGCAUACUACCAUAUGUCAUCUUCCUCCUGGUGCCUGUGCUUGGGCGCAUGAGUGAUCCCGACAGUGGCGUGCGACUCAUCGCGACCACCGCUUUUGCGACGCUCGUGAAGCUCGUUCCCUUGGAAGCUGGUAUACCUGACCCACCUGGUCUGCCUCAAGCUUUGCUAGAGGGACGAGACAGGGAGCGCAAGUUCAUCGCGCAGAUGCUGGAUCCGAAGAAGGUUGAGCCUUUCACGAUUCCUGUUGCAAUCAAAGCAGAACUUCGCUCCUAUCAACAAGAAGGUGUCAACUGGCUGGCGUUCCUCAACCGUUACCACCUGCACGGCGUGCUCUGCGAUGACAUGGGUCUUGGAAAGACACUGCAGACUCUGUGCAUUGUUGCAAGCGACCACCAUAUACGCGCUGAAGAGUUCGCGAAGACACAAGCACCGGACAUGAGGCGAAUGCCAUCCCUCAUUGUCUGCCCACCAACGUUGACCGGACACUGGAAGCAAGAGAUUCGUACAUAUGCUCCUUUCCUCACAGCAGUCGCAUAUGCAGGCCCUCCCUCGGAACGUGGCAAGGUGCGCGAUCAGCUGGCGACUGCAGAUGUUGUAAUCACAUCUUACGACAUUUCACGAAACGACGUUGACAUCUUGGCGGCUAUCAACUGGAACUAUCUUGUACUGGACGAAGGGCAUCUGAUCAAGAACCCGAAGGCUAAAGUCACGAUCGCAGUCAAGCGCUUGGCAAGCAACCACCGUCUCAUCUUGUCUGGCACACCUAUCCAGAAUAACGUACUGGAACUUUGGUCGCUCUUCGACUUUUUGAUGCCAGGCUUCCUCGGCACAGAGAAGGUCUUUCAAGAGCGUUUCGCGAAGCCAAUCGCUGCCAGCCGAUUCGCCAAGUCUUCGUCGAAAGAGCAAGAAGCUGGUGCGCUUGCCGUGGAGUCCUUGCAUAAGCAAGUCCUGCCAUUCCUGCUUCGACGCCUAAAGGAAGAAGUUCUGAACGACCUGCCGCCAAAGAUCUUGCAGAACUACUACUGUGACCUCAGCGAUCUUCAGAAGAGACUGUUUGAUGACUUCACGAAGAAGGAGGCGAAAUCUCUGCAGGAUAUGGCAGGCAACCCGGACAAGGAAGCGAAGACGCACAUUUUCCAGGCCUUGCAGUACAUGCGUAAACUUUGCAACUCUCCAGCCAUGGUCAUGAAAGAAGGACACAAGCAGUAUGCUGCAACACAAGCAUUGCUGGCGAAGGAGAACUCAAGCAUCAAGGAUCCGAAGCACGCACCGAAACUGACAGCUUUGCGAGAUCUCCUCGUCGAUUGCGGCAUUGGAGCAGAUCAAGGCGACUCAAACGCGGUGCCUACUGCAGAUCAAGCAGUCUCGCAGCAUCGAGCCCUCAUCUUCUGCCAGAUGAAAGAAAUGCUCGACAUGGUCGAGAACACUGUCCUGAAAAAGAUGCUGCCGGGCGUGACAUUCUCGCGCAUGGACGGUUCCGUCGAAGCCUCCAAGCGACAGGACAUUGUCAAUCGCUUCAACUCGGAUCCAUCCAUUGACUGUCUCCUCCUCACGACAAGUGUCGGAGGUCUAGGGCUCAACCUGACAGGUGCAGAUACCGUAAUCUUUGUCGAACACGACUGGAAUCCACAAAAGGACCUACAAGCCAUGGACCGCGCACAUCGCAUUGGACAGAAGAAGGUGGUCAACGUCUACCGACUCGUCACAAGAGGCACUCUUGAGGAAAAGAUCCUCAACCUCCAACGUUUCAAAAUCGACGUCGCAUCGACUGUGGUUAAUCAACAGAACGCCGGUCUCGGCACGAUGGAGACGGACCAGAUCCUGGACCUCUUCAACUUGGGGGAAACGGACCCGAAUCUCUCCAUCAGCGAUAAGCCAGAGGCCAAUGGCGUUGACGAGAGUAAUGCUGUGGAUGCGGAGGGCAAUAUGAGAGAGAAGGGGAAGAAGGGGAUUCUCGAUGAGCUUAGUGAGCUUUGGGAUGAUAAGCAGUAUGAAGAGGAGUUUAAUCUUGAUGGGUUCCUCAAGACGAUGAAGGCGUGA